CCCCCCUUUGUUAUCGGAAGGCGAAAACCUAGGAGGACAUUGCUAAACGCCAUGGACGUAAGCGAUCUCCAGGAAGACCUAAUGGUUGAAGAAGACUCCAUGGACGAUCUCAUCAGAGACCGAUUCAGACUCUCCGCUAUCUCUAUCGCCGAAGUUGAGGCGAAGAAAAGUGGAAUGGAGAUAGCAGGACCUGUUGUAGCAUGCGUGGCCGAUCUAGCCUUCAAAUAUGCAGAGAAUGUUGCAAAGGACCUUGAACUCUUUGCUCAUCAUGCUGGACGCAAAGUUGUGAAUAUGGACGAUGUUGUUCUCUCCGCGCACAGAAACGAUAACUUGGCUGCGUCCUUGAGGUCAUUGUGCAACGAGCUAAAGGCAAAGGAGCCACAAUCUGAGAGGAAACGCAAGAAAGUGUCUACCAAGAAAGAUGACAAAGCCAGUAGUAGCAAUGCCGGUCGCACAACCGAUCUCUAAAUCUCCAGUGCAUACGUUCUUAGAUACAAAGCUUGGUGAAAGAAGCUCUUAAAUGUCCUGCAAGUUUUUCUGCAAUUUUAUACUACAAGACUUUUUCAUUAACUCUCUUACUUCAAAAUCAUAAUACGUAUUGUAUUAGGCUACGUAUAUUUCGAGAGUCAAUGCAUAUAUCUCUCUUGUGAA